CCCCCUGGAAAUAAACACAGCCACACAGCCUCUUACUGCAACUUCAAUGUCAAGCUUGCAGGGUUACGUCGAUAGGCGAGUCCUUCUGGUACUGCAAGAUGGAAGAGCAAUCGUCGGCGUCCUAGCUGGUUACGACCAAAAGUCAAAUGUCGUCCUCAGCGAUUCAAAAGAGAGGAUUUAUAGUAUCGACGAGGGUGUAGAAGAAGUAGAACUAGGUCUCUACCUUGUUAAAGGCGAUAUGAUUGUUCUCAUCGGAGAGAUUGACGAAGCAAUCGAUCAAGCAGUAGACCUUGCUUCCAUACGCGCAGAACCAAUCCUACCUAUUCGCUAUUAGCGCCAGGCUGUAAGAUACAAGGAAACUGGCAAUAAAGCACCAUGGGGCACCCAUUCACAAAAUGU